AUGUGCUAUGAAAAUUGUCUUCCUUUUUCUGCUACUUCUUCAGACAACACUUCUUAUCUCCCUACUCCUUUACCUGAGGUAGCAGUUCCAGCUUGCAUCACUAUUUCCCCUACUAUACCAAUUUCUGUAGAUAGUACUUCAUUUGUUCCCUCACCUCCUGCCAUUCGCAGGUACAAAGCAAGACUUGUUGCCAAAGGAUACAACCAGAUCGAGGGACUUGACGUUAAUAAUGCCUUCCUCCACAAGCAUCUUAACAUAGAGGUGUACAUGGUGCCCCCUACUGGUUACUCUAAGGCUCAUGAUGGUCUUCUACAGAAAUAUGGCUUUGUUCAAUCUUCCCAUGAUCAUUGCCUCUUCAUUCUUUAUAUUGAUGUUGUCUUUAUCGCAUUACUUGUUUGUGUUGAUGACGUCCUUCUAACAGGAAAUUCUUUGACUGCUAUGACUGAUGUUAAGCUCUACCUUGAUAAGUUUUUCACCAUUAUGGACUUGGGCCAUGCUAAGUACUUCCUCGGCUUGGAGCUCGCUCGUUCUGCGCAUGGCAUAUACAUCUAUCAACGCAAGUACCUCCUGGACAUUGUUUGUGACCGUCUCUUGACGGAUGCCACACCUCUUCCACCUUGGAUCAAAUUUGAUGCUUCUUCUGGUGCUCUUCUAGUUGUUCCUCAUCGAUACAGAAGAUCAGCUACAUUCUUCGUGAUUUCUCACUUUUUUGCCUCUGGUCCCAUUCCUUUCCAUUGUGAUAACAAGGCUGCCAUCUAUAUUACUAAAAAUCCUAUAUUCCAUGAACACACGAAACACCGCGAUAUCGAUUGUCAUCUUGUCCGUGAUAAGUUUAAGGGCGGUUUUAUCCGUCCUAUACACAUUCGCAGCCAUGACCAGGUGGCUGACCUUUUCACCAAAGCCUUGCCUCCUGUUCUCUUUACUCGUUUUUUCUCUGAGUUGGGCAUGCUCUCCCAUGCGCCAACUUAA